AUGCAAAAGGCCAAGGGGCAAGUGAUGCUCGGGCGGAAUAAUACUUUCCAAAGUUUGUACGAGACCAUUGUUAUCGCCAUCACGACCACCUUUGUACCUUGGUUCCUUCUCAAAUAUUUGAAUGGAGGAUUCUUGACUUUCUGGGUCAUUUUUGCCUUCUAUCAAAUUCUCGCCGACACCGCCCCUCGUCUGCAAUAUUUCACUCGGGAGUGUCGAUGGACUGCCCGAGCCAUUGCCCUAUGCCUAAUUAUAUCUAUGGCGUCUUUACUCCUCGAGUUAAUAUAUCUCUUUCGCGUCGCCAUCGGCGGCCGCUUUCCUCGAAGUUCUUUUAUUGUGGCCUCUCUCAUUGUAUCAACGCUAGCGAGGGCACUUUACCAGAGAGCAGGGGGCAAUCAAACCCCCAAAGAAGAGAGGGUAGGUCAAUAUACAAGCCAACAUUAUAAGCUUUGCGCCGGCUCUUCUCCAGAAUAUAACCCCCAAAAUUCAAAUCCCGUAAACCCUCCAUUCUCAUCUCCGCUCUCUCCAGUAAAGGAAGCGCCAACAAGAGAUUGGGAACCUCUUACUACUGCAUUUUGGCUACGUCAGGCUGCACGUCGUACAAAUCAACAACGUAAGCACCGCUCCCGAUCUCGGGUAAGCUCAAAGGUUUCUCCUCCACCAUCUACUCACGAGAAUGUAAUGCGAACACAAAUUUCGCCUCCUGCAUUUUUGGCUGCUGUCACUACAGCUUCCCGUUCAGUUCUUCCCCCUAUAUUGCCUCCAGUCUAUAAACCAGUCACCAAAUCGCUAUUUCAACCCGUUCUCAAACCAGUCUCUGUACCAGUCUCCGAAUCAUCCGAAUCGGUGUUGAAGCCGGUUUCCAAGCCAGUUCUCAAAUCACAUCUCCAGUCACUCCCCAGGACGGUUUCGACAUCAGUUCCCGAAUCGUUCUUCGUAUUUCCUCCAGGCUAUCGUCCAAGUGUUCCGUUUGGCUUUCCCGUUGAUUUCAUAGAAGACUCCCCUUCAGAUCCUCUUGCAAAAGGAGAGUUUAUUUUUCAUUGCCUAUUUCCAGACUCUGCAAGGAUCAUCCCUACCAUUGGUGACGGCUUAUGUGGGCUCCACGCGAUACGCAAUAGUAUACGAGCGCAGGCACCACAUCUACCAGUUCCCAGUGUAAGAGACCUGUUGGACAUUCUGCAUAUAGAGGAUGAAGAAACCUUUGAAGUUUGCGCAACAAUCCGUGCUGCCACGUUUUUAGGGAAAGAGGCCGACGCUUCGCAAGACAAUCAGAGUUGGUUCUUGGCCGACCAUCUCGGAUUCAUUUUUCAUAGAUGGGCAAGAACCCGAGAUCUAAAUGCAGUACUAGGAAUACGAACACCGACUAAUGGGGGUGUAUGGCAUAGUAUUCACAGACCAAAUCGAGUUCACAGUGGCGCAACUGGUGUAGACGUUAUUUGGAUCCAACAUGAUGGAUGGGCCCAUUAUUCGGGUCUACAGCGCUUGUGA